GUUAUCGAGCGGCCCGGCGGUGGAAGUUUCUCUGCAGGGGUGGGACUCUCUGUCUGCAGUCGGUCGGUCGGAGCUGAGCUGCGCUGAGCUGCGGCGCACACAAGAAUGCCUCUGACAGCAGCUUUCCAGACUCCAGCGAGCAGCAGCAGCAGCAGCAGCAACAACACACGGACACCUCCGAGUGGAAGAUAAACCCUCCUCCUCUUCUUCCUCCUCCUCCUCCUCGUCCCUCUGCUCCUCUCCCCUCCAUCCAGCUGGGCUGAAAGCGUUCAGAUGCGCUGAGAGAGACGGGAGGAGUGUGAACGCCGUUUCCCUCCCCUCCUCCUCCUCCUCCUCCUCCUCCUCCAGCACCAGCACCACCCCGGGAUACACAGACCGGACCGGCACCGGUGUCAUUGGAUGGAGAGAGGCGCCUGAAGAAGGGAGAGCGGUGGAGUUGGUGUGCCAUCCUCCUCCUCCUCCUUCUCCUCCUCUUCCUCCUCCUCCUCCUUCUACCCUACUGCACCAAAAAGAAAACUCCGGGCUGGCUGCAGCACCAUGUCCUCGCCUCAAAGUGGGGAUAUAUCAGGCUACCAUCUGAGUGUGGUGCGUAACCCACCCGGGUGGGAGGUUGGGAUCUACCUCGUGGGCUUCUUCGUGCUGCUGGGAGUGGCAGGGCUCAACAUCUGGAAGCUGUGGAAAUCUGGAACCUUCCCUGCGCCAUCGCCGUUCCCCAACUUUGACUAUCGAUACCUACAAGAAAAAUAUGGAACCUCCUUCUCAGAAGUCAGACAGAAGCGUGUGGCUGCCAACAACCACCGGCGGACUUCCACCACCUCCAGCCGCAAACCCAGCCUGGCCCUGGGCGACACCCCGGACGGUUUCAGGGAGCUGGGCCACCUGGAGCUGAUGAGCAGGGAGCUGGACCCGACUGGCAUGGCCCAGCUUAACCGAUCCAUCUCCACCGACUCGCUCAGCUCCAUCUCUUCCAUCGCAAACAACUUUGGCCACGACUUCACGGUCGGCCAGCUGGAGGUGACGCUCGACUUUGAGCCAUCCAGGCACUUAGGCCAGGGGACGGGAAUGCUCCACAUCACUCUGCACCAGGGCAAAGAUCUGCUGGAAAGGGAGGAGGGAGACUUCCCCGGCUGUUUCAUCAGAGUCUCACUGGGGCCAGAGGAGCUCAAUGUGGGAAUCACAAGGGUCCAGACAAAUGCAUUCACCGUGAUUUUUGAUGAACGCUACUCCAUCCCUGCGGACUUGUCCAUGCUGGAGGAGUACAGCCUGCGUUUUGCUGCUUUUGGUAUCGAUGCUGAUGAAAGAAACAUCAGCGCCGGGGUAGCAGACCUCAAGCUGUCAGACCUGGACCUGACCAUCAGGCCAUUCAAUGCCUGGCUCUACCUACAAGAUGUUAAUAAGGCUGUGGAUGCCGUUGGGGAGAUUCUGUUGUCUCUCAGCUAUUUGCCAACAGCAGAGCGCCUCACCGUGGUCGUGGCCAAGUGCAAGAACCUGGUGUGGACCAACAGCAAGACCACUGCGGAUCCGUUUGUCAAAGUCUAUCUCCUGCAAGACGGCAGGAAGAUCAGCAAGAAGAAGACUUCCACCAAAAGGGACGACACGAACCCCAUCUUUAAUGAAGCCAUGAUCUUCUCCGUGCCGUCCCUUGUCCUGCAGGAACUGUCCCUGAGGGUGACGGUGGCAGAGACCACGGACGAUGGCAGGGGCGAGAACCUGGGUCAUGUGAUCAUCGGCCCAGAGGCCAGCGGGAUGGGGAUCACCCACUGGAACCAGAUGUUGGCCACUCUGAGGAAGCCUGUGUCCAUGUGGCACCCUCUGCGCAGGAUCUAGCCCUCUUUGCUUUCGUACAUACCUGACCUGUUUUAAGUAAAACACUUGCUUCUUCACGUUCCUUUCACCUCUCCCCUUAUUUGGUGCCAAUAUGUUACGCUGUUUCAGCAAGAUAAGAGUUUUUAGCCCACAGGAGGAUAGUGUGUGUGUGUGUGUGUGAGUGUGUGUGUGUGUGCGGUAUGUGUCGCUCUGCUGCCGAGUAACAAAUUGGAGUAAACACCUUAUCUUCAUGUAAGGGGGAGUGAACCUGAAAGCCAGUGUUUGACCAUGAACAGGGUGUAUCAUUGAUCCAUGGAUCAAUUAUGUCUUUAGUGUUCGGCUUCAUUCUGGCUCGGUUGCAUUAUUGAGGAGGGUGGCAUUUAGGAGGAUGCAAUGCAUAUUAUGGUGGCCCUAAGAGCUCAGCAGUGUAAAUUAAACUGGAAACAGACUACCCAUAACAUUUCCAAGUAAGACUAUUGUUGGCACAGCUGUUGCAAAUACAACUGGAAUGCCCUUUUUUGUCAGAGUAGCUACCUGAACAACUACCAUCAACAGAGAGGAGAAUAUGAGUUUAAUUAUUAAUUCAGUCUAUAAUGAAGCCAUGAAAGACUGCCAGCCUGAACCAAUCUAAAUACCAUUGGUCUACAGCCAUCGCAUUGUGCAAUUAAUAUUUGCUUCAGAAUGACAAGUUAAAGUAAACAACUUGUCUGUUGUCACUUCAGGAAAAGGCCUGCAAAUAGACAAAAUACAAGCAAAUGAACACUUUAAGACCUAGACAGCCAGCAGAGACCAAUAAUAGUUAUUGUUCCAAACUGUUUAAUAACUAUAAUAACAGGUGAUCCUAUCCAUAUGCUUUAACAACACAGUAAAGCUGUCAGUUCAGUGUCAUCACAUACGUCUGGUUUGGGCUCAUGUCCAAAGGGUUACAACUAAGCCAGUUUUGUUAAUAAUGUAUUUCUCUGAAAAAAGCAACCUUUGCUUCAAUGUCCUCUGUUAUGAUUUCACAACCCUCUGAACUCCUUUGAACACCUACAUUAAAAUAAAUUAAAUAGAUUCAUCCAUUCUCAGAUAAAACAAAUGAUAAAACGUUUAAUGAGCCCGACUGACACUUGCGGUUCUCCUGAAAAAAAUGAUAACGUAUGAGACUUGAUGCUGAAUGCUAGAAUAGAGUAGGAGAAACAAACUAAAUUCAGGAGAGGCAGGUGCCCCCAAAACAGUUCUCCCUCUCUUUGAAGGUUAAGAAAUCACAAAGUGAUAAUGAGAACAUGACCAAAUGCUUAAAUGUGCAGGAAAUACACAAACCAUAUCCAAAUGCGUUAACAAGCUAAGUUGUAUCUUUUUGUGUAUGCAGGGCCUUUUAAUUUUUAGAUCUAUGUGCAGGACAAAAGUGUGUCUCAGCUGUGUGCAUUACUUUUUACCUUCCCCCAGAAACUGAUUCUUGUUGUUGUCUUUGUAUUUGGUUGUGUUUUCCUCACUUUGCUGCUUUUUGUAUGAAUGCUGUGCAUGGUUUGACAAUUUUUCAGAUUGGUAGAAAUAUUUUCUUAAUUUACUUGUGUUUUCUCUGUUUGUAUGUGUUUUUUAAUUAUUAUUUUGCAGUGUGUUGAGCUCUCAGAGCAACCAUUGCAUAGUUAGAAAGUAUUGAUCAGAAAAUGUAAGUUUUGGACUUUGAAGAGAGUUCUGAGUAACAAAACGAGCCCGGCCUUGUCAGAUGUGGCCCACUCUCUGCAUGGUGCCUACUCUGGUUGUAGCCUGUUCUAGCUGUCUAGGGAAUAACUGACUGGAUUGAGGGGUGAAAUCACUUCUCUUUCAGGAAAACGCUCAUUUGUCCUUUCAAACCAGUCAUCGAUUCCAUCUACUUGAUUGAUUUCGUAGCGGUUUUAGAGCCGAGUUGAGCUAGCUCUAUUGGAUUUGCUUGUGUAAUCUGUUAACAGUAAGGUUGAUAAAUAAUAGAGGUUUUGGUAUGUUCUGUAUUUAUUGUGCUUUUGAAAAAAAAAUCCAGGUACUCUUAUCCAGGUGAAAUAAUUGUAAUUUGUAGCAGUUGUUACAGGGUGGCCAAAUCAGAUGUAAAUAGCAUAUAAAUGUCAUAUUGCAUUGUUCUAUUUUUACCAUAAUUAAUGCAAUACAAGUUGCAUACGCAUAAUUAACAGUGUAAAUAGUGUGCUUCAACAUUCAUUACCACUUCCCCACCUGAUUUUUGGGUGCAAAUGAUGUUUUUCAUGGUAUCACAUUUUAGUAAACGUCAAACUUCAUUUAAAGAACACUGUAUUUAACACCAAUAUCAUUGCUGAUCAAUGAAUUACUAUCAAAAAACCUCUGGGAAUUUAACUUGUGAUGUGAAGUAUACUAACCCCUUUUAAUGGGUUAACAUUUCCUUUCAUGUUAACGUGGGACACCUGCAGACUAUCUCAUUAGCGCUGGAGAUGUACCUGGUUUAAACAAGAGCAGCCACAUGGCAGUUUGAAGACUGAAUGGUGUUGCUGCUGAAAAGAUUUUUGGAUAAAGGUGAAGUAAUGUGAUGAGGGUCUUGUAAAAAGCCCAAACGUCAAAGUGACGUAUCUGCCUGAGAUAUUCUUUACAACAUUGUGCAAAUGUGCUGUUUUGUUGUAACUUCUGAAUGUGAAUUAUCAUGUGAAAUACCUGCUAAAAGCAUCUUCAGCCUUAUGCAUUGUGAUUUUUUUUUGUUUUUCAAACAGAACAAACUCAUAGUUUCCUCAAGGUCUACCUGUAUUCCUCACCUCACUCAGAAAAUCAAUCCAAAAAUAACACACCUGUGGUCAUGUAACACAAUAUUUCCUACUGUGCCAAAUAACAAAGCAAUAGUUUCAUUUACAAUCAGCAUUUGCAUUUGAUUCAAAAAAGGUGUAGCCUACAUUGACCAUGCAUGAAUUAUUUAGCACUUGAUGUCGAUGUGCCUCAAGAAUACAGUGUAUUGUGUGAAUGCUGUUUGAAAUAAAAGCAA